AUGAAGCAAAAGAUUGUCAUCCAAUUGAGCAUGUCGUGCGACAAGAGCAGGUCCAAAGCCCUCACCGUGGCCGCCAGAGCAGCCGGGGUGACAUCCAUGGGGAUAACCGGCGACGCGAGGGACCAGCUGGAGGUGGUCGGCGACGGCGUCGACCCGGUGUGCCUCGUCAGCUGCCUCCGCAAGAAGCUCGGCCACGCCCAAAUCAUCAAGGUGGAGGAAGUGAAGAAGCCGGAGGAGAAGAAGAAGGAGGACCCGAAGCCGCCGGCGCCCAUGCCCGUGCCCGUGCACCCGCCGCCGUACUUCUACCCGCCCAGCUCCUACUACCCCCACCAGUACCCGCCGCACUUCUGCGACGAGCAGCCCGGCAACUGCCGGACCAUGUAA